ACGAAGAUGGGAAGAAGAGUUUUGAGCACGUGACUAGUCUUUGACCAGGAAGUGGUGGCUCAGAUACACGGUUGGAUCAAAACAAACCAAUACUCGCUUGUUUUGGAGCUGAAUAUUAUUUUGCCUGUCAUCAGCUGGGAGCACAUUUGCCUUGACAUGGAAGACACACUGUUCCAGCUUAAGUUCACUUCCAAGCAGCUUGAAAGACUUGCUAAGAAGGCAGAGAAGGAGUCUGAAAAAGAGCAGGCCAAGGUCAAGAAGGCUUUGCAACAGAAAAAUGUGGAAUGUGCCAGAGUUUAUGCAGAGAACGCUAUCCGGAAAAAAAAUGAGGGUCUUAACUGGCUCCGAAUGGCGUCUCGCGUCGAUGCUGUCGCCUCUAAAGUCCAAACAGCUGUCACCAUGAAGGCAGUGACCAAAAAUAUGGGCCAGGUGACCAAAGCCCUGGACAAAGCUCUAAACUCCAUGGAUCUCCAAAAGGUCUCUGCAGUCAUGGAUAAGUUUGAAACCCAAGUGCAGAACCUUGAUGUCCAUACCUCAGUCAUGGAGGACUCCAUGAGCUCUGCGAUGACGCUGACCACCCCUCAGGAGCAGGUGGAUGACCUCAUCCACCAAAUAGCGGAGGAGAGUGGCCUGGAGGUGAUGGACCAGCUCAACCAGCUGCCUGCAGGAGCCACCUCAGUGGGCGCCGAGAGCUCACGGAGUCAGGAGAAGGAAGACCAUCUGUCUCGACGGUUGGCUGCCCUGCGGAACUGAAGCCUCCACCAGGAGAGGAGAUGGAGCUUACAGCUGUGCGGAAGCAGAUGAGCUUGGUGACGGCAGCAGGAGCUGUGUGUGUUUCUGUUGAACUGUUCCUACCAGGAGGACUUAAUGAGCCUAUUGAUUACCAUCUCCCUGCUCUAUAAAUACACACACACACACACACUGGGUAGAAAUACCACCUGAGCAGGCAUGGAUCUCCCUCUGGUUCAAAUUCCCAUUUCGAUCCAUCUAUUCCCGUUUCUAUCUUCCCCUCUCUAAAUCCCCAAUGGAUCUCAGUUUACCUUUCCUUCUUCUUAUUUACCAACUUUUGUUUGCCUUUGUGUCCUCCGUCACCACUGCCCACUCUCCUUUUGGCUACACUCUCCAGUUCUCAAAUUACACACUCUUGGAUGAAUGCUUUGUACAACAAGUAAAUCCAUUUUGCAAACUGUAUAAUGUACAAUGAUGAAAAUGAAGAUUUAUUAAGCAGUUAUAAUAAUUAUAAGGGGAUUGGUGUCCCUGGCUUUCAUAAGGUGCAGGGUUGGUUAUAGAUAUAUGUGCAUAUAUGUUUCAAGUUUUUUGGUCUCUGUCAGUUCAGCUUGGUUUAAAUGGAUGAUUCUCUUUGGAGGAAGGAGACACAUAUAAUGGGAAAGAAAGUUUUUGCUUAUAGCUUACGACAAGUUGGUGACACUAACAGUCUCCUUCCAUCGGAUUCAUCCAGUAAACACCUGCUUCAUGACAAAGGACAAUCAUCAAAACUUUUGUUUGUCAGUGUCAAAAUGGAUGAUUUAUGUAUUUUACUUGUAUUCUGGUUUGUCGUUGAUUAUUUCUCAUGCCUGUAUUCAGAUCUUUUGCUUUGAACGCCUUAUUUAUGGUGCAGGUGCUUGCAUAGUUGCUUCCCCCGCCAGUGCCUGAAGGACGGUAAAUUAGAUGGCAAAGGGCAGCAAACUGACGCUCAGAUGGCUGUUGGUCAACAAAAGGAAUUUUCCAUUCCUCUUCCUGCCAGACAAGCCUGAGAUGGUCGGUCUUAACCAGCUUCACUUCAACACUGACUGUGACGAGUGUGAGCUUCAGUUGCCUGAUCUGUUUUUUGUUUUUGGGUGCUUGAUUUGAAGGAACAGUUCACCCAAAAAAGAAAAUUCAUUCAUUAUCUACUGACCCCCUUGUCAAUUCAAACUCAGAAGUUUUGUUAAGUUUUCCUCUUAGAAAACAACUUUUCAUUAGUAUGAGGGUGAGUAAUAAUGACUAAAGUUCCAUUUUUGGAGGAACUGUUCCUUUAAGUUUUUGGAUGCCUCUCUUCUCCCCACCUGUCUAAGUUCCUUCCCAAACAGUUUUAGUUGAAGAUAGACAUGCGGGAUCUUUUUUUUUUUUUUUUUGACAAGAGUAACUUGCUACUAUGGCUGGCUGGUAUGGCUUUAAUAAUAUCAAAAGAUUUUUAAGCCAUAUUGCAGUAUACAAUAUAUAUCUCAAUAUUUUGAAAUCUUUUCAAAAGUCCUUCAUAAAUGUUAGAACUAGGUGCCCAAAUAUUCCAGACUUCAAUAUUGGUAUUGUGCCAAUAUUGUAGGCAUGACUAUUAGUACUUUCACAAAAUAGUGUCAGAGAUUUUCUGAUUUCUGAUUAAUAAUCAGUACUAGGGAUAUAAAAUAACUAAGUGGGUAAAGACACAUAUUAGAGCAAGUAGAACAGCCUGGUAGAUUCUGAAAAUACCAUUACGUUACUGUAAUGCAGCCUUUAAAACCAGGAAAAGACAACACUCACAUGUCAAAUCACCAUUUAACAAUAUCCAAAAUCUAAGAUGAUAUGUAGACGCAUAACGAUGAUGAUGUGUAUCUUAUGUAUUUCCAAGCCCUAGCUGCUACUCCCCGCUUGCCUUGCUAACCAGGUAUUUGUUUGAAAUGAGUGUUUCAGUUAAAGAAGUGCUGCACGAUUAUUCAUUAUUCAGUAGCUGAUGUUUUUUUCUUGUCUUUUGAGAUCAUGGCUCUACACUGAGUAGCCUGUUGAGUGAUAUGACUGUUUUUUGAUGCAUCUCUCUCUGAGCGUACAAAGUAAACAACAGUGAGAGCAUUUGUGGGCCAAACCCACACCUCCACCUGUGACAGUGCAUUGUCACCCUGUUUUCAUUUGUUCAUCUAUUUUAACACAGGGAGGGUUUAUUUAUAAAAUAUUCAGCAGACUUUGCGGCACUUUUGUUUUGUAUGUUAAUCUCAUGAAAAUAAAGUCUUGCCAUCUGACACAUUCUA